AUGGCAGAAAGAGUUUUUAAAACCACCAAGACAAGGAUAUACCGGUACUUUACCUAUAAACAGUCCUAUGAGUACGUCGAUCGUCUGCAGACUUUUGCCAACAGCUAUAACUCCACCUAUCAUAGGACAAUCGGUAUGGCUCCAGACAAAGUCACUGCUGAGAAAGAAACCAACAUUUGGUGGAAAAUCCACACCCUGUUACGCGGUGGACUACCUCUGUAUCGAGUGAAGGACUACGAUGGCGAUGAAAUCUUGGGAACCUUCUACCAGCCUGAACUCCAACAGAUUGAUGUGAAAGAAGACAAUCUCUGGAAAGUCGAGAAGAUUCUAAAGACAAGAGGACGUGGACCGAACAAAGAACACUAUGUCAAGUGGUUGAAUUGUCCCAAGAAAUUUAAUUCUUGGGUGAAGGCAUCUGACGUUGAACACUU